CUUUGUUUCCUGCGACAGCGACUGGCUACCGUCCUCCAUGAUGUUGGGUCCGACCCCAGGGCAUCUAAGGCCGGGGCCGUCUCAUACCAAUGAUAGCAGGACGUCCUCUGAGUGGAUGCGGGAGCCAGAUAAUGAUGUUUCCUAUGCUUUAAAGCCUGAUCGUUAUACAGCAACAUCUGAAGCUUUUGGGCCGCAUCAAUGCCCAUCUGGCAUUCUUACAACCACCUAUCCCACUGCAGCUCUAACGCCACCGUCACCAGCUUUCUCGGCUUCGUCGCGCCAGAUGGGCUCUCCUAUAAUCAAGUCCGAACUUAGCCGCGCUGAUACGCGAGCAACACCAGCUAACGCAGAAGAGGAGGCGGGCGUAGACCCGCCCUACUCCACACUUAUUUACAAAGCUCUCCGGGACGCACCCGGUAAGAAAUUGUCUCUUCAGGAGAUUUACGGCUGGUUCGAAGAGAACACCACAAAAGGAAAGGAUCGCAAUUCUAAAGGGUGGCAAAACAGCAUUCGACACAACUUAUCCAUGAACGCGGUAUGUCGAUUGCACAAGUUGAUGCUUCUCUUUCUGUUCUCCCUUGCUAAGAAACCAAACCUGCUACAGGGUUUUGAAGCUGUUCGAGUGGAGAAAGCACCGGGCAAGAAAGCCCUGAAUUACUGGCGUCUGACAGAUGAGGCAAUAACUUACGGUAUUCAGUCUACAACCCGGUAUAGAAAGCAGGCGAAUUAUAAAAAAACAGUGGGCUCAGACCCACCAGCUCCUCAACGCCAACGAUCCGGAGCGAAGGGAGGGAAAGCUACGAAAAUCACAGCUAAAUUCCGCGGACUUAUGAACCAGGAUGAACUACGGAAGGAACGGUACUAUCAGCGACUGGUGUCGCAGCGGCGACCUCACAAAAUCCUUCAUACUCAACACCACCCUUCACCUGUGACGGCGGCGGUCGUCUCGCGAUUUCGUGCAUCAGGCCCAGCAACACCACUGACUCGCACGUCAGCCGAACCCUUCGAUUUGGGUAGUAUUGUUGGUAGCGCUGACCCUCCUUCAUGCACCGCGAUUUUCUGUGACAUGGCAGGACCGGGGUCGGACUGUUUAACGAUGGAGACGGGAUUUCUAGGCUGGAGUAGUCUCCCGCCAUUUCCCCAUGGCUUAUUGACAGGUCCUGAUAUCUCAGCAGAAGUUCAACUUGCCGUAUAGGGGGAAGCGUCCGAAUGGCCGCGCUGACUUGCACAUCUAAC